AUGGGUUUUGAAACAUUAGAAAAAAUUGAUCAAGAACUUAUCGAUAAUUCAGAAAAAUAUCAUGGAUUAUCUAAAUCAGAUAUUAGAUAUCAAGAAUGUUUAACUAUAUUACAUUUUCUUGGAAAAUAUUCUGGUUGUAUUCCAGAACACGGUGGUCGAAUAAUUCUACAAAUGUUUAAAUUUCCUAAUAAUUCAAUUCGAUAUCGUCUUCUUUUGAAUCAUGUGUUAAAAACAAUCAAGUCAGAUGAAUUUUGUUUAAAUGAAACAGGUGAAAAUAAUGAUGAAGUAUUUGAAAGACGGGUGGGAACAUUACAAGAUAUCCUUGAAUUUAUCGAUUAUAUUCAAAAACCUUUUAAAUUAUUAUCGAUUAAUGACAUUCCAAAAUUUAUCAAAGUAAAUCAAUCAAUGAUAAAUGAUCCUUGGAUUAAGAUUUAUAAUAUGUGUCAAACAGAUGAAGAGAAAGAUAGACUUUUUCAAGAAUCAUAUUUAGAAUUAAAAAUUGCAUUAAGUCUUGCAAGAUUACGUAAAAAUUUUUUUUACAAAAUUACUAAUGAAGAUGAGGAAAAAAUUCAUCAAAUAUCUUAUUUUGAAUUUAAAAUGAAAGAUCAUCUUGGACUUGUAUUUCAAAAUAUCAAUUAUGAUGAUUCAAAAGUUAAAAAUAGCUAUAAAAAUAUGACUACAGAUUAUAUUUUAAAUAUAAUUAUUAAUAGUGAUUAUCGAUUUGAAAUUGGAAAAGAAGAAUGUUAUAGUAAUUGUGAUGUAUUAAUUCAACAUGUAUUUAAAGAUUUAAAUAAUUCAUGUGAUGUUAUUCUAGAUAAAUAUUUUGAAAAAAAUAAGAUAAAUAUACUUUCUCCAGAUAGUGUAAAAACUUUAUUGUAUUCUUUAGGUUAUAUUGAAAAUGACACAAAAUAA